AUGGCAGAUAAUGAUGCUAGGCAGUCUUUGCUUUCAUCCACGAAUGAUUCACUAAAUCUCAGCGAGACAAAGGCUCUUCAUAGAAGAAGAUCCCAUCGCCGUUCGAAAAGUCGAUCAGAGAAAAACUCCGACGACCAAGAGAAGGAACCUCCGUUCAUAAACCUCGAACCGGUACUCAUAGUACGAGAGUUUAGGUUCAAGUACGUGCUAAUGUUGUUGGGAGCCUAUCUAGGUUUAGGCACCAUUUGGUUUUACCUCAUCGAUAAUCAGAUCGACGGCAAGAAAACGAAUGGGAUCGUCGAUGCCGUUUACUUUUGCGUCGUGACGAUGACCACGGUCGGGUACGGUGACCUCAUACCCCGUAGCUCGUUGGCGAAGAUACUCGCGUGCGUUUAUGCCUUCAUUGGUGCGGCGCUCGUCGGUUUAAUCCUAAGUAAUGCAGCGGACUACAUUGCGGACAAGCAGGGGACUCUCUUGGUAAAAGCCCUGCAUAUGAAUGAUGAGUUCGAUACGGCUGAGGUACUUAUGGAUAUCGAAACCAACAAGGUCAAGUAUAAGUCCCUGAUGACCUUGGCACUACUCGUGGUGCUUAUAAUUGCCGGAAUCGGGUUCUUGUUCCUCGUCGAAGAGAUGGAAUUCCUCGAUUCGGUUUAUUGUGUGUGCGCGACGAUCACGACGCUCGGAUACGGAGAUAAGAGCUUCUCGACGCAAGGGGGACGCGUGUUUGCCAUUUUGUGGAUACUUACCAGCACGGUGUGCUUAGCUAACUUCUUCCUCUAUCUAGCCGAGCUAUACACCGAGAGGAGGAAAAGAGCACUGGUUAAAUGGGUUCUUAAUAGAAAUCUAACUGCAGGUGACCUUGAGGCUGCAGAUUUGGAUCAUGAUGAGGUGGUAAGUGCUGCAGAGUUCAUCGUAUAUAAGCUCAAGGAAAUGGGAAAGAUUUGCCAGGAAGACAUUGUGAUGUUGACGGAGAAGUUCAAAGCUCUUGAUGUUGAUCAAUCGGGAACUUUGACUACAGAGGAUCUGACUUUGUCCUAGCA